AUGUCUGCCGUGGCCAAAUCAGAAGCUCUUAUUUACAAGGACGCCAGGCAGUACUGCCAGCGUAGACACCAGAAAACAAUGGGGAAAUGCGCUCGGGAAGAACGGCAGAACGACGCCCUGUUAAGCCGCCAACUUCGGCAUAUCCAUAAAUCCAAAUCUUACCGAGAAAGAGAGCUCGACCGUGAGCAGGAGAAGUGCUUGACGGACCUAGUGACGAUAUUUGACCGCCAGUGUCAGAUUGCGACUACGCGACUUGCCCGGAGAUUGAAAGACGCACUCGGUGACGCGGAUGGGUUGUGGGGCGGCGAAAAGACCGAGAGUGGUGAAAGCUCCCGGACAAGCAGGAAGCUCUUCAAAAAAGGUAACAACAAACAGCUUGCUAAACCCUCCAAUGGGUUCAUCUUGAAUUCGUGGGACAAGCAUCGAAGUUUUCCUGCAUCACGCGGAGGAAAAGGAUCUCCCUCUCAGAAAAACAACCGUCAUUUACCGUCGACAUCGUUGAAUGACUUAAUAACCAGCCGAUCAAACUUCCUAAGACGUGAUAACUUUUCAAGUUCGGACUCGUCACCAAGAAUGUGGCAGCGGAUCCCGCCAUCCGUACAGCCCACAACCCCCACGCCAAGUCUCAACCAACAACAUGUAUUCCAGAACCAAAUCGGACUUCGGGAGUCAGCAGGGCUAAAUAACUCCAGCCGGGGGGUCAGCAAAAGGAGGAGACCGACUCGACCCAAAACGGCUCCACCUACAGCAGGUUUAAGCCACGAGGCGACUAGGCGAUGGAACGAGCUUGCCUCUCCGAUAAGAUGCCCACAGCAUUCUAAAGAUACCUCAUCUCAAGCAUUGCCAAAAGCUAGAAGCCUACGAUGUCUACGUGAGGAAUGCACCAAGACCGAGAAACACAUCCUAGACGCGCCGGAGGAUGUGUGUUUCCGACGGCAGUACUUAGCCUGCGCCAUGUCCCGUAAGCUACCGGUGAGCGGCUUGAAGAGUGGCAGUUUCGCCCAACAAGAUGAGGUCAGAAAGAAGAUGGACGGAAGAAGGAGAUGUAUGGAAGAACUCAGAAUGAACAAUAGACAGCGAUCUAAGUCUGCCCCUGCUGGUGUUGUGCGCAUGCCUGGCAAAGAAUUGCAAGCCAAAUGUUGA